GUAAAGAGAAGCCCUUGGUGAAGCAGGCCUGCCAGGACGGGUUUGUUCAGAUUGACUGCCCAUCUGGCAAGGGCAUCCGCGUCAUCGACGCAAACUACGGCCGCUACUCCGGCGAGAACGUCUGCGGCACCACGGCAAACAAGAACUGCAUCGCUCCAAACGCCUUGCUGGCCGUCCAGACUAAGUGUCAGGGCAAGAGGUGGUGCAAGGUCCCCGCAACCAACGCCUUCUUCAGCGACCCCUGCCCGUGGACGCACAAGUAUCUCAAGGUUUAUUACAAGUGUGACUACCCAAUCAUGCAGAAGAAGGUCGUCUGCCAAGGCAGUAACUUGGGACUGGACUGCAGGUCUGGGUACGUCAUCAAGAUUAAUUACGCCCUCUACGGUCGGGUGCAUGGAAGCGCCGUUUGCAACAGCAACUCCUUGGGCAAUUUCAACUGCCAAGCUGAAAACGCUUUAUCGGUUGUGAAGAAUAAAUGCGAAGGGAAGAAGUGGUGCAGCGUUCCAGCCAACAACUACACCUUUGGCAACCCAUGCAAGGGAACACACAAGUACCUCUUUGUCCGCUACUGGUGCAAAAAGCAUUAGGUUCAUCAGUCUGGCUCGGUCUAUGUCCAUCAUAGAUUGAACCUGUCAUCUGAUAAACGUGCAGGAGUUAUGUCCUACAAACUAUCAAAUGAGUGUGAUUUUAGAGUUUAUAUAAAAGUAACAUAAGUAGGAGGUUCACUGACACAGCAACAUUUCUAAUCGUGGAGUUAGCAUUGGUAAAAAGGUAUCAAACAAAGUUU